AUGUGGCGCAUGGCGCGUGUGGCCCGUUGUGGCACACGACAUGGCACAUGUGCUGGACUGGACGCAAAUACAUAUGCCAAGAGGGAACAUUUCUGUGGGCUGACGAGGACAUCGGUUGCGUUAAGUGGGGGGUCACUAGUGGAAAAACGGCUAGCGACAACUUUCGUUUGUGCCGCGCUGCACAUCCUUGUUGCCAACGCCGGCGUGAUCGACGACAAGUACCCGUCCCGCGCCGACACCACCACGGCGGACAUCGACCGUGCCUUCGUCGUGAAGACACGCGGCACGUUCCUCUGCCUCCGCGAGGCCGCCAACCGCAUGCCCCACGGCGGAGGCGGCCGGAUCGUGGCUCUGACGACGUCCGUGGUUGGGUCGCUCCGGACGGGGUACUCUGCUUACACGGCGUCCAAGGCGGCCGUGGAGGCCAUGGUGCGGACGAUGGCCAAGGAGCUCAAGGGCACGCGGAUCACGGCCAACUGCGUGGCGCCGGGGCCAACGGCCACGGACAUGUUCUUCGCCGGGAAGAGCGACGAGACCGUGAGGGAGACCGUGGAGACCAACCCGAUGGAGCGGCUCGGGGAGGUCGGCGACAUCGCGCCGGUGGUCGGGUUCCUCUGCACCGACGCCGCUGAGUGGAUCAACGGGCAGGUCAUUUGGGUCAAUGACGGGAUAUGUUUUACUCAAACAAUAUUCCUAAAUCUCAGUAACCACUACAAGGAUGUACUCUACUAA